AUGCAGGCGUCUGAAGGAAGGAGAAAGAUGGAGGCUCUCCUUGAGGGUGGCCGUCCUGUAAAGCACGUGAGCCGAAAGGCCUUGUAUACCAGACUCGAAGCUCGCGUCAACUACCUCAAAGACUUUCUCGACUUCAAUUCCAGUGAUAUCGAAGCUUUAACCACAGGCUCCAAGUACAUCAAGGCUCUGAUCCCUGCCAUCGUCAACAUUGUCUACAAAAAGCUCCUGGAACAAGACAUCACCGCUCGUGCCUUCAUCACAAGAGAUACCGCCGAUGAGACCACAAACGUAGAUGACUGGUACACCGAGAACAGCCCACAGAUCCAGCGACGAAAGUUGUUCCUGCGGUGGUACCUGACCAAGCUCUGUUCCGAUCCGACUGAGAUGGAGUUCUGGCGGUAUUUGAACAAAGUCGGAGUGAUGCACUCCGGCCAAGAACGACGAAUUCCCCUCAACAUCGAAUACAUCCACAUCGGCGUCAUGCUCGGGUUCAUCCAGGACGUCUUCACCGAAGCCCUCAUGUCCCACCCCACCCUCUCCCUUCAACGCAAAGUCGCUCUCGUCCGCGCCAUCGGCAAGAUCAUCUGGAUCCAAAAUGAUCUCUUCGCCAAAUGGCGUGUCCGCGACGGAGAAGAGUACGCCGACGAGAUGUCCGAGAUCAUCCUUGACGACAAGGAAGGCUAUAUCGGCGAGAAGAAGAUCCUCGGCGACAGCAGCGCAUCGGCGAGCUCCAGCGACGACGACCGCUCCAGUAUCGCGAGCAGUGUGGCGCCGUCUGCCGCCUCUGCGUGUCCAUUUUCGGAUAUGGCGAGGCCGUCGUCCGAGACAAAGAUCUGGGCUGGACGGUGA